CGGAAUCCCGGGCCUCCAGACACGCCAGGCGGGAAGAUGUCAUCACUGCCAAGAAGGGCAAAAGUAAAGGUCCAGACUGUGGUAUCCAGAGAUGAGUUAUCUCCCUUCUCUGAGCUAUCAUCUGCCUCUGAAGAAGAUGACAAGGAAGACAGUGCCUGGGAGCCCCAGAAGAAAGUCCCCAGAAGCCGUAAGCAGGCUGUGCCCAAGGAAUCCAAACCAAAGAGGGUGCCACGGGUGAAGAAGAACACCUUACAGAUCAGUGGUGACUCAGAAGGCAUGGCUGUGAAGGAGGAGCUGAAUAGCUCUGUGGCUAUUGCUGAUGUUGAUUUGGAAGACAGAAAAGAUAAAUUGGAUACUGUGCAGACUCUAAAAACAACAAAGGCAAAACGGAAAAAUUCAGGUCAGUCAUCUUCAGCUCCAAGGACCAAAAAGCUGAAAGCUGAUGAAGAAAUCAACAAAGUCAGCUGCUUAGAGCAUGGGGGUAAUUGUGCAGAGACACCGUCCACAAGCACCAUGUGGGAAAGUGCAUGCAAGAAGGAGGAGAGUGAAGAUGACUUUACAUUUGGUCAGUCCCCUGUAAAGAAAAUGAAGACCGAAGCAUGUCCUCAGGGCCAGCCUGUCAGGUGUCUCGCAAAUGCCAACAAUAUUAAAGAGGAGGUGGAAAUGAAUUGGGACAUAGUACAGGUAUUAUCUGAGAGAACUAAUAUUGAACUUUGGGUUUGUGCAAACAUUAUUCGUCUCUUUAAUGAUGAUAACACAAUUCCCUUCAUAAUACGUUAUCGAAAAGAGCUUAUUAAUAACCUUGACGCUGAUGCCUUGAGAGAAGUUCGACAGACCCUAGAAGAGCUACGGGUUGUUGCAAAGAAGGUUCAUAAUACAAUCCAAAAAAUUAAGAAGGAGGGGAAAAUGUCUGAGUGCUUAUUAAAAGCCUUGCUGAACUGCAAAACUUUUGAAGAGCUAGAACAUGUGUCAGCUCCAUAUAAAACAGGGAGCAAAGGCACCAAAGCCCAGAGAGCAAAGCAGUUGGGAUUAGAAGGAGCAGCCAGGACACUGCUUGAGAAUCCAGGGGCGCUCAAUCUGGCAUCUUACAUUAGACCCAGUGUAAAAGGGCUUUCAACACUCCAGGAUAUUGAAACAGGGGUGCAGCACAUUUUAGCAGACAUGAUUGCUAAAGACAAAGACACGCUUGACUUCAUUCGGAAAUUGUGCCAAAAUAGAUAUAUUUGUAUACAGUCAUCUCUGGCAAAGGUAUCCUCAAAAAAAGUAAAUGAGAAAGAUGUUGAUAAGUUUCAGCUUUACCAGAACUUUUCAUGUAACAUUAGAAACAUUCAACAUCAUCAGAUAUUAGACUGGAUUCGACCCAUGGACCAUAGUGUGCUGACCCCUGCUCUGUAUAUUUCUCAAGAAGGGUGGAGACCACGUAGCUUUGCAAGACCAGAGUUAAUGAAGAUCUUACACAAUUCACUGGAUGAUUCCUUCAAACGUCUUAUUUAUCCUCUCCUAUGUAGAGAGUUCAGAGCCAAACUAACAUCAGAUGCAGAGAAGGAAUCAGUAAUGAUGUUUGGACGGAACCUUCGCCAGCUCCUUUUAACAAGCCCUGUUCCAGGGCGCACCUUGAUGGGAGUGGAUCCUGGUUACAAACAUGGUUGCAAAUUAGCUGUAAUUUCUCCUACCAGUCAGAUACUUCAUACUGAUGUGGUUUACUUGCAUUGUGGACAAGGCUUCCGAGAAGCAGAGAAAAUAAAGAGGCUUUUGCUGAACUUCAACUGCAGCACAGUGGUGAUUGGAAAUGGAACUGCCUGCCGGGAAACAGAAGCUUACUUUGCUGACCUGAUAAUGAAAAAUUACUUUGCGCCACUGGAUGUUGUUUACUGUAUCGUCAGUGAAGCAGGAGCAUCAAUCUACAGUGUCAGCCCUGAAGCUAACAAAGAGAUGCCAGGGCUGGACCCUAAUUUGAGGAGUGCAGUUUCCAUAGCAAGGCGUGUACAAGAUCCAUUAGCUGAGCUGGUAAAAAUUGAACCGAAGCACAUUGGAGUUGGCAUGUAUCAGCAUGAUGUAUCUCAGACUUUACUCAAGGCAACACUGGACAGUGUUGUAGAAGAAUGUGUCAGUUUUGUGGGAGUGGAUAUUAACAUCUGUUCAGAAGUUUUGUUAAGGCAUAUUGCAGGACUCAAUGCCAACCGAGCCAAAAAUAUUAUUGAAUGGCGAGAGAAAAAUGGGCCCUUUAUCAAUCGAGAACAGCUGAAGAAAGUGAAAGGGCUGGGUCCAAAAUCCUUCCAACAGUGUGCUGGCUUCAUCAGAAUCAACCAGGAUUAUAUUCGAACAUUUUGCAGUCAGCAAACAGAAUCUGCAGGCCGGAUUGAGGGAGUUGCUGUGACAUCUUCAGCAGGUGUUGAGGUCACAAAUGAGAAGCAGGGCAAGAAAAAGAGCAAAACUGCAGCAAAUGUUGUACUGAAGCCAAAUCCUUUGGAUCAAACUUGUAUUCACCCAGAAUCAUAUGACAUCGCGAUGAGAUUUUUAUCAUUCAUUGAAGAGACACUGUGUGAGAUUGGAAAGCCCGAAAUGGAACAAAAAAUAAACUCAUUCCUUGAAAAGGAAGGGAUAGAGAAAAUUGCAGAAGGAUUGCAAACAACAGUGCACACUUUACAGGUCAUCAUAGAUGGUCUCAACCAACCUGAAAGCUUUGACUUCCGAACAGAUUUUGAUAAACCUGAUUUUAAGAGAAGCAUAGUCUGCUUGGAAGACCUGCAGGUUGGGACAGUUCUUACAGGCAAAGUUGAGAAUGCCACUCUGUUUGGAAUUUUUGUGGAUAUAGGAGUGGGAAGAUCAGGGCUGAUUCCCAUACGAAAUGUAACAGAAGCAAAACUUUCUAAAACCAAGAAGAGGAGGAGCCUUGGACUGGGUCCUGGAGAAAGAGUAGAAGUCCAAGUACUCAACAUCGACAUCCCCCGAUCUAGGAUUACUCUGGAUCUCAUUCGGGUGUUGUAAGUGCCCCACUGAAUGCCAAACGCGAUUUUAUUUCCUCCUUUCUACAGAUUGGUAAGAAUAAGCCAGAUGUUUGUGAAUUCUAGAUAGCAGGUGAGAAGAAAUUGACUUAAUAUCGGAAGUCUUUUCCAAACACUUUUCUUAUUUUUCCUUCUGAAUAAAUAGAAAACUAAUAGUUUGAUUUCUUUUCCUUUAAAGAAAACAACCAACAGGCAUCCUUAUGCAGCUUUAUGUAGUAAUGAUUUUUCUGACCAAAAUUUUAUUUUAUUUUUUUGUAAUUCCUAUUUGAGUCCUUUUGAAUUUUGUAUAAUAGAUUGUUUCAAUUCUGCUUGCCAGUUAGCCUUGCUGGACUUGUAUGGAAAUGUCUUCUUGAUUUGACUUAUACAGUGUGUCUUGACACAGUAGUGAUGGCAGUGUUUAAUCCUCCCUUUUUAUAAAUUUUAAAAUCAGGCCUUUGGACCUAAUUCAUGAUCUUUCCUUGCAAAACAAACCAGAAAUACACCAAUAAAAUCAAUUCUGAUGUGUUUGUAACUACUAAUUGAAUAGCUUAAAUGUUUCUCAGAAGGAUAUAUGUAUCGAUCCCUACAAUAAAGCUGUGUAACUAGUGA